GUUAUUUACACCAUUCAUAUACACCAAAUUUUGAGAGUGAGUAUCUUGUUAUUCUGUUUGUGCAGUUUUAUCAUCUUCCAUCACAUAAUGUAAAUGGGGCUCUGUGUUGUUUGAAUGAAUUGGCUUUGACAGUUUUUACUCGUACUUUUACAUAAUUGAGGUUUUCUUUAUUUCUAUGAUUCAUCACCGUCGGAAAAUUCAUUCAUGAUUUAACUAGACUAAUUUGUACUCAUGAGUGAGGAGCACCCUGAACAAUCUUUAAAAGUGCAGUUUAGAGAGGAAGAUGGAGAGUUAAUAUUAUCAGACAAUGAAAAUCAAGAUGAAAAACCAGGCGAAAGCCCUGAUAGGUCAAAUUCCCGCAAAAGCCGCCGCAAGCAAACAUUCGAAAGACGCAAUAUCAAGAAAGUUCGGGAAGAUGGCCUUAGCGAAGAAGCCAAGGCGGCUCAAAAAGCAGAAAUGGAAAGGAGACAGCGUCUUUUUAGCAAAGAUAAAGGGGAGCAAGUGAAGUUUUCUAACAUAGACUUCUUAUUAAAUGAUUCUUCAUCGUCACCCGAUUUUCUAAAGUGUUCUGAUGCCAACUUUCAAUCUGAGUUGCAAGAAACUGGUUCAUUUGUAAAAAAAGAGGGAAAGUAUGACUCGGAUGCAGAAGAAUGUAACUCCGUUGAUAGUCAGCGCAGUUCAUUUGAAACAGUUGAAAAAGGUGCUAAACAAACCGUCUCAAACUCGCUUACGAAUGGAGGCAAACAGUCACCUGGCAACGAAUUGGAUCAAAAAAGAGCUGUUAGUUCUGCCUCUGCUGCACUGUUUGGUUCCACAUGGAGUGAUUUGCAAUCUUUUCGCAUGGGCCAGUCACAAGACGAUCCUAUUUUACUUGGUGAUUCUGAUGAUGACCAGCAUGCGGAUUCUGGUAUCAUUGAAGUUAGUGAUGGUGAAGAUGAACCAGAAAUAGAAGUUGAAGCUGAAAUUUGCGAGAUACAAGAUGCGGAAAACUUAGCCGAUAUUGAUGGCAAAAUCAUUAUUAAUACAUCUCGUGAUCAAGAUGAAGAACCAGAAAUUGUUUUAUGCCCUCAAAUGGCUAGGGUUAUUAAACCGCAUCAAGUUAGCGGUAUACGUUUUUUAUAUGAUAAUGUUGUUGAAAGUGUAAAACGAUUUCAUACAACAGAUGGAUUCGGUUGCAUUUUAGCGCAUAGUAUGGGAUUGGGUAAAACUAUACAGAUUAUCGGAUUUCUUGAUAUUUUAUUCCGUUUUUGCCAAGCACAAAGAGUUCUUGUAAUCGUUCCAAUUAACACUAUACAGAAUUGGCAAGCAGAAUUUGAGCUCUGGUUACCAACUGAUUUAUCAAGCUGCGCAGCAAAUAAAAAGUCCAAGUUUUUCCAACGUUUCUCCAUUCCUAAACCCACUACAGAAUCAAAACAACAUCCUUCUUUCUCAGAUCGCGCAGAUUCUUCUGCCGAUCCGAAUGUCCCACUGGUUGAUUCAAAAGAAACUGACGCCAACAUGGAUGAUCAAAUGCUAUGGUCUUCUAUGUUUGAAAAUGACAAGAGCGAGUCUCAGUCGAAAAUGCAAGAUGUUUCCCAUAAUGGAAGCUUUUAUGGUGAACCGAAUGAUUCAGAAUAUUCUUUUGUUAAUAGUGGUAGUUGCCUUCGACCAUUUAAAUUAUUCGUAGUGCGGGAUACUGUAAAAACGAUGAGUCAGCGUCACCAGAUCAUUCAACAAUGGUUUGAAGAAGGUGGUGUUUUGUUAUUAGGUUACGAAAUGUUCCGGCUACUUUUAAAUCAAAAGCGUUUGAACCCUCCUCCAUUAUAUACAACGAAAGUUGAUGUACGAAUACCUAAACGUCGGAAAAAGGAUAUUUGUAUUGAUAUUGAUAAAGAGGAAAAACGAGAAAAGAUGUGGGCAGAUUUUCAUACAGCGCUUUUGGAUCCUGGCCCUCAGCUUGUUAUCUGUGAUGAAGGUCAUCGAAUUAAAAAUAGUGAGGCGUCAAUUUCUAAAGCUUUGAAAGCUAUUAAAACACAUCGACGUGUAGUACUCACUGGUUAUCCACUUCAAAAUAAUCUUAUGGAAUAUUGGUGUAUGGUUGAUUUCGUUCGACCUAAUUAUUUAGGAACAAAACAAGAGUUCACUAAUAUGUUUCAAAGACCAAUUGAAAAUGGCCAGUGUAUAGAUAGUACACCUGAAGAUCGUAAAGUAAUGCAAGGCCGAGCACAUGUUCUGCAUGACUUGUUAUCUGGUUUUGUUCAACGGCGUUCACAUGCUGUUCUCAAGGCUAGUCUCCCACCGAAAACCGAAAUUGUUCUACUAAUUAAACUGUCAUCCUUGCAACGAACACUUUAUGCAGCAUUUAUGCGAAGUCUGGGCUCCAGUGGUCCACUUGGUUGGGCUCAAGUGAAUACGUUGAAAACAUAUGCAAUGUGUUGUAAAAUAUGGAAUCAUCCUGAUAUAUUACGUCGUGCAAUGGAAGAACAUAAGGAGGCUAUGGAUUUUGAUAUAGAAGAGACAACAGCAAAUAAUAAUUCGAAUACAACAAUGUCUUCCACAAGUCGACCACCUUACCAACGAUCAAAUAGCACCAUUUCAACUAAUCAAAAUGAAUCACAACAAUCAUGGGUUAGCGGCGGGGAUUCCACUUCUGUUUCUUCAGAUUUAACCUCUGGUCAAUUAUCUGCAUCAACAAUUAAUAAUUCUACAUAUUCUGGAACUGAUUCUUCUAUGCCACCAUCUUUUAUGGCUCCAAAUCCUAUGUUCCCUGCUUCUAUGGUUGGUGGCGGAACUCCUCCCAACACUGGACAAUCUAAUACCGCACCUAACUCAGGCUAUUUUUACACUCAGAACUAUACACAUCAAUCAAAUGUUGGCACAUAUGACUGGGCUGGUGAUCAAGAAUUAUGGGGUGAUGAUUUUAAAACUGGUAAUGUAGAGCAUAGUGGCAAAGUUCUACUGUUCUUAGACAUAUUAAAAGGAAGUGUUUUAGCCGGUGAUAAAUUAUUAGUUUUUACACAGAGUUUGUACACAUUAGAUCUGUUAGAGCGCAUAUUGCGCCAUUUGCCAUUACCGGUUAUCGGUGUUGAUAAGUCAGAAACAGUUCCAGCAAAAUCAUCGGAAAUUCCAUUAGAAGACAUUGGCAAAUCCGAAAUCUCAUCUUACAAUCCCUCAACAACGAUACACAAGAAUAAUGAACAGAAUCAAGAUGAUCAUAAAUGCAGUGAGUCAAUGUAUGGUUACGAUGGAGUUGAUCACUUUCAAUCGAAUCAACCUGAUGAGACGAUGAAACAAGAAGGGCAGGAAAAUUGUAAAGAAGAGAUCAAGAACAAGAUGGAAACAGAAGAAGAGGAAGAAGAAACUCCGAAAUCUUUACACUAUAGGCUGUCGACACGUCGAGGUUGUAUGGAUGAACCGACUGUGUGGACUCGCAAUGUCCAUUAUUUCCGUCUAGAUGGUAGUACAAAUGCAAGUGAACGUGAGAAAUUAAUCAAUAAUUUUAAUGAUCCUAAAAAUCCAGCAAAACUGUUUCUUAUGUCAACUAGAGCUGGUUGUCUAGGUGUUAAUUUGAUUGGAGCGAAUCGUGUUGUUGUAUUUGAUGCUUCAUGGAACCCAUGUCAUGAUUGUCAAGCAGUUUGUCGUGUUUAUCGAUAUGGUCAAGUAAAACCGUGUUAUAUUUAUCGACUUGUUUCAGAUAAUACUAUGGAGAAGAAAAUAUACGAUCGACAAGUAACUAAACAAGGCAUGUCAGAUCGUGUUGUCGAUGAAUUAAAUCCAACACAACAGUUUACUCGUUCACAAGUGGAGUUAUUAAUGUCAUUUGAGGAUAAAGAUAUGGAGACUAUCACAGAUGAUGAUUUAGAAACUUGUAAAGAUAUCAUCCAACCAGAUCCAAUACUUGCAGAUGUUUUAAAAAAGCACACUCGAUGGAUUACAAAACGACCAUUCACCCAUGAAUCAUUAUUAAUUGAUCGGAAAGAUUAUCGUUUAACACGCGUUGAAAAGCGUAUGGCUCGUCAACGUUAUGAACAAGAGAAACGUUUAAGUUUAAGCUAUCAACAAGCCCAUUUAUUUCAAUUACAACAAAUGCAAAUUUUACAACAACAACAACUUUUAGCCGCUGGAAUUAAUCCUGCUUUAGUGGAUUCAUCUCGCUUCUACAAUUCCCGAACUCCUAACAUCCUCUCCCGAAGUACCAUUAACUAUCGACCAACUUAUACAAGUGGAAUGGCAGCUCUAGAUGCGAUGCGUCAGGUUGAUCGACAAGCACGUCUACGAAUGUUACAAAAAGACUUAGAUGAAGCACGUCGACGUUGUGGUUACGCAAAACCUGAUGGUCUAAGUAAGUUUGUUUUGCUUGUUGUUUUGCGUUGAUUCCAAACAUAGUUCUCUUGUGGUUUUUAUCUUUUUAUAUAUCUCCCGUGUUUUCGAACUAUCUUUUCAAACUUUUUUUGUAAAGUCAUAGCUAUCAGGUGUUAUGAAUUAAUUAUAUGAUUUAUAAUGAAAGGAUCUUUGGGAAUAGCUAUGCCAAUGGUUGAAAUAGGGCUGGCGAUUUUUAAUAUGCAAUGAUCGACUAACGUUUUCUCUCAAAACUAGUUUACAAAUUCACCCUGCAAAUCUCAAUUAAAUUGGUAUUAAAAGACAAGUUAGCUGCCUAUAAAAGUAGGUUUUUAUUCAACAAAUGAACAUGUCUGCGAAACAUCGACAAAGAUCCUUAAAUCUAGCUUUUCUACUUGUUUACACUUCUCAGAAAAUCAUACCUCCUGCUCCUCUAUCAGGUAAUUAAAACGCGCGUAAUCCACUGUAAUAGUCUAUGAUAAGUGGUUCACCUGUUCAACAAAUCUAAUUAUAAAUUAUACUGUACAAUGAUGAUUAAUUUGCAGAAGUUUACUUAAUACUUUUUUUCUCAAUAUAAGUCGCAGUAAUCAAAGGCUCUGUUAAGUUUUCAUAGUACAGUUUAAUUUUCCAUAUCAGUCAUUGUUUGUACGAAUAUAUCCACUGGUGCUUAAAUGCAUAUUUAAAGGAUUGUCUCCAUAUUUCGAAUGAUGUAUAAUUACAAAAAUAAUGCUAUUUAUUAAGAUUAAUUUUUUUUUAGUCAGGAUCAACAAAGAACAUUCAACGUAAAAAAAAACUAACAGGAAGAAAAUUCCAAAAUCCAUAUUUUCAAACAUAUAUUACUUACAAAAAAUAUAGGAGAUGAUUCCACUUGAUUCACAAAACGUACUUAAGGGAAGCAUAUAGUAGUCAGUCAAUCGUUCGGUUAGUUAGUUGUAAUCAACAUUAAACUUGAAUGUACAUUCACUUGCUGACUUGGAAUACUCAGACGAUAUAGUUCUGUUUAGUAUAGAAUCUUCUGACCACCUUAAGCAACAAUGCAAACAUAUUUGGAAUGCGGUUCUCUCCCUCCAAUGUAAAAUGUUACUUCAGGAUUGGUUUGAUUCAUAGCCUGAAUUAGUGAUAGAGAGUGAAGUAGUUAAACACAAAGACCACCUCACUUAUCUUGAGAGUUUCAUUAGCCUUGAUAGUCUGGUGUUUAAAGAAAUCUCCACACGAAUUCAGAAGGCUCGAUUGGUUUUCACCACAGUGCGUCACUUGUGACAUAUGUGAGAUAGCCGUUUUCCAACGAAAGGACAAGUUUAUUGCAUAGCAGUUUGCUCCUUACUACUUUAUGGAUGUGAAAAAUGGCCAUUACAGGUAAAGAAUAUUCGUAGGUCACUGGUAUUCGAUCAUGUGUACCUUCGAAUCAUUGCUCGUGUAUUUCUGGACCAUGGAGUAAACAAUACAUGGGUUAGGAAUAGAGUACUAGGUAAAGAUGGCAAAUCGACUGUUAAGUUAAUAAAUCUCCAUUAACUGAGGUGAUAGGGACACGUGUUACGUAUGCCCACCCACCGCCUACCUCGACGGCCGAUGUUUUCCAGUGGAGUAGGAUAGAAAAAAGCUAGGAACGGCCAUUCCAUAAUGCGUUAUCAGUACAUGAAGUCACAGACAAUUGGUUAAUAGAUGUAGACUAUCUGGUUAGUGUACUGGUGAUUAUCAUAAUCAAUGGUUAAAAGCUGAAUGGCUUGGCUCGAAAUCGAUUGCAAUGGAACACGUGCAUGCAUUCUUUUUUGUGUGACCCUUUAUCUGACUUUAGUUAGAUCAUAUGAUAAUUGUCAUCGAAAUAUAUAUGCCGCCAAUCCUCGUAUGUAAUCAUCGACUCAAAUCACGUUAGUGAAUAACGGAAUUAAAUAAUCGCUGGAAAAUUCCCAUCAUAAUUAAACACAAUUAUAUGAACGAAGAAUAUUCUUUUCAAUGAAUUUCAUAUCAGCUUCUACAAUUAUAAAUUCAAAUUAAUAAUCCAUAAAAUUGGCCAGAUUUAAGACAGAGAGUACAUCAUCAUUUGGAAAUUGUGAAUAUGUGAAUUGAGAAUUGUUGUUUGUUACAUAAAAUCAAAUCAAAUUGUUAAUGUUAGGGCUGUUUAAUAUAAAGUGUUAACUUGAAUCCGUUUUAUAAGUGAAAUGAAAUUGUGAGAUAAAUUAUGAUCAGAAUAAAUAUGGUCAACAUGGGGUGAGAGAGAAACUAAUGGAAUAAAAAUCGGAAAUUACGUAAUAUGUAGAAUAAUAUGAUUUAGGUCAGAUAUAGUAGAUAAGGAUGGAUACUAAUUGAAUUCCUCAAAAGGUUAUCAAGUGUAAAGAUAAUAAUAAUAACAAUGAUAAAGAUGAUAAUCACAGUGGUUAAGAUAAUAAUAAGUUUGGGGCAUAAAAUGAACAUUAAUCAGAUUACGUCACCAUAUUAUAAAAUUAAUUAUUAACUAGUUGUCCAGGGUAAAAGGAGUGGCUGAACAUACUUCUUUUGGAUGCAAAGCUCUGGAUUUUUGAUCCGAAUCGCAACUGCUUCAGCCGUCUGUAGGAUUCGCAGUCUGACAGAAUUAGGUAGACUGCUGUUGACACGAUAGAUUAUGGCGAAAAUUGCUCCAUAUUGGCUGUAUGUCCUGUUUGAACUAGAUGGUCGAAGAUGGAGCUGUUAACAGUUCUGACUACACCUUUGCUUAACCACACGGGGAGGUGCUCACGAGCUCGAAUGCACAAAUUCCUAGAACAUCUGCCAAUAUAACUUGCUCCACAGGAGCAGUUGAAUUGAUAAAUACAGAAGGAGGUAGCUAGUCUAGGUAAUUUAUCUUUCAACCUCGAAGUGAUUAUUGGUCUUGUGGAGAACAUUAGUUGUAGUUUACCCGCAUUAAAACAAUUCUCAAUUCACAUAUUACAAUUUCCAAAUGAUGUACUUUGCCUUAAAUCUGGCCAAUGUUAUGGAUUAUUAAUUUGGAUUUAUAAUUCUAGAACCUGAUGAGAAAUUAUUGAAAAGGAAUUAAAUAAGUCGAAUAUGAGAAUGAAUUUCAAAUAAGUAUGUUGAUCCAGACAAACUUUCAGAGAAACGCAACGAAUAGAUGAAGGCACGUUAGCCAAAUCGAUUUAACCAAGCGUGAAUCUAUAUUUAUAGUUAGAUCAAAAUAAGCUACAGACAUGUGAUGAAUAGGAUAAACAAUAUACACACAUAUGCUCGUACGAAAAACAGUCAGGGUUAAUAAUCGAAUAAGUGGCAGAGUAAAAAUAUGGCUUGAGAAGAAUGAAUAGAUCGGUCUGUCCGGAGGCUAGAAUAAUCUAUGUGGGCUUCACACAGUACCAGCCCCUACAUUUUAACUCCCCCCAAAAUUCCGAGAUUCUAAAUCCCUCAACCUUUUUGUUUUUAUUCCAAUAAUUUAUAUUUUAUCUUGAAUCUGAUCUUCGAUGCAUAAUUCCUGAUGCCACUGAUACUAGUUAAGGAUGGCAAAUCAAUUGAUGAAGCAGUGAAACUUCAUCAGUUGGCUGGGACACGUGUUACGUAUGCCCAACCAACGACUACCCCGACGUGCAAUGUUAUAUGGUGUAAUAAUAGGUUGGAACGGAGCUAGGGGCGGUCAGACCAAAACAUGACACAAGUCCAUGAAGUCACUGACAAAUGGACUGUGUGGGCCCUGGUUGGGAUCUGCGAUACGAUAGCAACCGAUGGUUAGAGACCCUGAACGACAUGGCUCAAAAUCGUUUGCAAUGGCGCAGGUGCAUCCACUCUUUGUGUUCUCUCAAAUUCUAAUCUUGUGAAUUCUUCAUAUCCCUUUCUUUUUUCUCUUUUCAAGUUUAUUUCAUUGGACUAUACUCCUUGAAUAACAUCUUCAAACCCUAGUGUUUCCGAUUACUGCUUAUAAUCUUACUACCUCUACCACUAUGGAAUUUGAAUCGAUAACUGCAUCUCUAUGCUAUUUAUUUAUUUAUUUGAACACAUGAAUAUUGGUACAAGAGAGCGCCAAUAUAUAUGCGCCACACAAAACAAUGAGAAUUCGAAGAGAAGUAGAAAAAAAAAAACUAAGGAGCGCAAAAGAAAAAGAGAACAAUGACGAAGAGAUUGGAGUAAGGUAGUGUGGUAGUAACGACGGAACGAAAAGGUACAAUCAGAAGAAAUCUUUCAGGUAAAAUAAUUGAAUCUCCUGAUUGUAAAGUGACAAGGAUUGUAGCUAAUACUGGUGAGUAACUCAACUACACACGUUUGUGAAUAUUUUGAAUAUGCUCUAUAAUCCUGUUAAUGAUUUUAAAAGUUUAUUUUGUGGGGAAAAAUAAAGCAUUUACUAUUUUCAUAUCGUUUCAACUUUUUUUCUGCGCUGCGACAUCUCACUACAAAACUCUCAUGAAGUUUGGUAGACUGUCGAUGAGUUGAAUAGUUUUUUGAACAUUUUUUUUCCAUUUCAAUAGCUACUAAUUCGAAUCGAGCUUAAGUAAACUUUUGGUUAAUACAUUUCAUAACUCAUCAUUCAUUUAUUUAGUAUUUCCAAAGCAGUAACAGGGGUCAGUCCUAAACAACAUUUUAGGAUCUGAUACAAUGUUUGUACACUUCAAACCAGUACAACAAGAACAAACUAAUAUUCUGAAUAACUUCAAUGAUAGUAAAAAAUAUUGCAAGAAUCACGAUUUAAACGAAGGUUAAAAAAAUACAUACAUCUUCAAUCAUAGAUGACAUUUAUUUCUAUUGACCCAUCAUUAAGUAGUGGUCGAUUUCAAGAAGUUUGUAUCUUCUAAUGAAAUUCGAGUGAGUAUUAAUUAGCUUCAUGAAAUUUAACCAUAUCUUGGUCCGAUCAUUUAUAACUUUCACACAGUUUACUCAUAUGCCAGUCAGCAUUGUAGAUUGAUAUACAUAAUGGCUAGUAGUGUAGUAUUUAUUUUAGCCGCUUGAGUUUAUUAAGGUUUGUAACCCCAUAACUCACCCUAUUACAACUAACAUUGAUUCCUUUGUACACAAGCGGCGCUUCGAAGACAUGUUUGGUGAAAUGCCUUCAUAGGCCAUAUUUUGCCAAGCGAUCUGCAGUUCAUUCUUCAUUUUUUGACACACUGACACAUCUUUACUAUACGCUAGGUUCCACAAGCUGACAGAACCCAGAAAAGUGCUUUGUUACGUCGAUGUUUUGUCAGAUACCAUUCCAUACUGAGAUAAUCUAAGGAGUCGAAGCUGUCAACUACCGUUGUUGUCAAGUUUUAAAACAAUGUUUUGGAUUCUAGUGAGAUUAGCACACUUUCACUGGAUAAAUUUCUGCUAGUCUCUGCACUUUUCAACAUUUUCAUUCCAAAUUAAGAUGUUUUGCGUUGUAGAUCGAUUAGACCGAGGAGAUAAAAAUAAAAUCAAUAAUAACCGUUAGUCCAAGUCCCUACACAUUUUCACAACUUUUUCAACAGUUUUGGUACCCUAAUAUAAAUUAUCAUGUUAAUUUUUCUCUCCUGACCAACUUGUUGAUUGUCUAGUCUCUUUAAAUAUCUUUUUCUGAGUAGUUUAACUAGUGCUAUUUUGCCAUGUUUCCACUGUUUUUGAUUAUUGUCGAAAUUUUAUUCAUGAAUUAGUAACAUUAAACGACUCCAUGUUUCCAAACCACUUACAGUCUUUAAUUAAUACAUGUUCCUAAAAUACUGUAUUAAUAAUAAUAGUUGAAACGAUUUCUUUUUCAAAAUGUAUUACCCAACUUAAGUUUAGUCUUCUAUUGAACUCUUUAUUACUAAUCUAACAAUCAUCGUAAGUUAUAUUGUUCAAUGAACGACAUUCAUUUCUUCAUAAUCGAUUUAAUCUUAGCCUGUUACAAUAGUUCGUAACCUUGAUUACAAGUGUGAAUGCAAAUAAAAGACUAUUUGCAUUUAGUAUUGCAUCAAGAACUGUUGUCAAUUAAAGAACUUUUGAAAACCAAAGGCAAUUAAAUUAUUAUUUCUUUUUAAAUUGUCUGGAUGCCUCAUUAGCUCGCAAUCAAUCUGGACAAUUUUCUGUGUUUAUUGAAUUAAGGAAUUGAUCAAAGUUACUCUGUAUUGUAUAUAGGUGAAGCCCUCACCUCCAGGCUUUAGAAUUUUCCUAACUCCACUGGUUAGAAACUCAAAACUUCUAGUAUUCUCUAGAUGUUGCCAUUUCAUAGGGUUAACUGCCUUGAUAGAAAUAAUUUUAUUCUGAAAUCAAUCCAAGUACAUUUUAUUUUUUGUCGAUACAUUUGAAACACUAAUAUUUAUCUUACGUAGUGUACUUAUUUACUUACCUAUCGUGGAGGAACACAGACCACCCAUCAGCAUUCUCCAUCGAACUCUGUACUGGAAAAUCCCUUCCAGCUACUGUUCAUUCUUUUCAUGUCUGCUCCCGAUUCCCCAUGCAGUGUGUUCUCUCACCUUCCUCCUCUCAGUUUCCAUUCACGAUUACAAGUCAGCGCUUGCCUCGUGAUGCAGUUUGUUGAUUUCCGUAAUGUAUGUCCCAUCCACUCUCAUCGUCUUUUCCUGAUUUCCUCUUCAGCUGAAGCCUGGUUUGUUCUGUUCUCUCGCACAGUAGGUUGUUGCUGGUGGUAUCUGGUCAACGGUCAUCGAGUAUUUUGUGUAGACAAUUGUUUAUAAAUACUUGUACCUUUUUGAUGAUUGUUUUGAUAGUUCUCCAAAUUUCAGCUCCUUACAGCCUCUCAUAAAACUGAUCUUUAACGUCAUUAUUGCUAUCAUUGGUAGGUGCUUAACAUUGUAUAACAUUCAUUGUAGUUCCCUCCUUUAUUUUAAAGGACACUUUGAUGAUCCUGGAUACAUGAUAUUCCCACCCAAUCGGUGCAUUUCUUGCUUCUUUGUACAGCAUCAUAGCAACUUCCUGAGUGUGGGGAGCAUUUCCCUCUUCGUGACCGGAGUACAGUAGUUUCUCUCCCAUUCCUAACUCUUGCUAUCCAGCUUGGGUCAAAUGGGUUUCACUGAUUCUGAGAACCGCCUAGUUGUAUCUCAUGAUUUCCGUAGCUAAUUGACUGGUCCUCCAGGUCUCCUACAUUGUUCGAACAUUCCACGUACCUAUAUUAAUUGUGUCUCUGGUUUUUAGAAGGGGCAUUGACCUCGUGACUUCCGAAGAAUCUGGGCUUUCAUCAUAAGAUCUCAUAGUUCUCCUUUCAUCUCCCAGGACACAGUUUAAAUCGUUUAUUCUAGUUAGCUUUUUCUAGGUGAUGGGAUUGUUGACCCUAUGCCCAACCCUCCUUUGUGUGGGCUUGGGACCGGCAGAGUUGGUGUAUUUGCGGUUUAUUUAAUUAUUUAUACGAAUGGUCAAUGAUUUUUUUAUCUUUGCAACUGUGAAAAAUGGAAAUGAUACUUAUCUAUUGUAUUAGAAAUCAUAUACUUUGCUAAGAUCGAGUGAUCCCUUUCAGUCGCUUUUCACAAUUACUAAAAUAUACAGAUCAUUCUAAUUCAAAAUAAUGCAGUUAUUGUGUGCAAGUGUAUUCUUCCUUUACCACUAAAAAAUAUUUGAUUACUACUGUUAUUACUUCAAUAAAUUAUCUUAUGAUUUUAAAAUGGUGGAGAAGAUAAGCAGCUCAUAUGGAUGAUUUUGGUGAUUUCCUGUUCUCUAAAUUAAGUGGUUUAGUUGUGGAGAUUUCAUAGGAUAGAAAACCAGAUCAGAGACAUUUAAGACUAAGACCCAGUUAAUGACAAGUUAAAGUUCAACAAUAACCAAUCAAGAUUGAGGUUGAAAGCACAUGCUAUUAGUCGUAUGUAGGAAGUUUCAAAUAUUUCACUUCUAAAUUAAUUUUUUGCUGAUGAUAUUGUUCAGAAGAACAAUGAAUGCUAUACUACUAAGUCAUUCUGUCCAGAGGACAAAACUCCAUCACAAGAUCGUGUGCAUUCGACAGUCGCCCAUUAGAGUUUUUUUUCUAACUCAACAGUGGAUGGAUUCUGAUAGAAUAAUCAGUCGACAUAGAUAACUGACUAGAGAGGUUACUGAUCAAUUAUAUGAAUCACUUUUAGAAAACAGAUAUUACUAAUAAUCAGGUUGGGGUGUUAUCACACUGGACUCAUGUGAAGAAAUCUGGAUUUUCGCCACAGCAUAGCUAAUGAAGUAAAUCAGGUUUUAUCUCCGAGACAUCUGAUAACUAUAAGCCAACUACGCCAUAGUCGAAUAUAAAGUUAUCAGAAGGGGUUUUGUGAAGAUUUUAGGAAUUCCAUUGACUGAAAUCAUGAGUCAAUUGAAGCUAGACUACCGUGGAAAACCUAGAAGCAAUGGACGGCCGUUUCGUUCUAGUGUGGGACUCCUCAGCAGCGC